CCGUAAUUCUACCGGAUCGCCAGCGACAGUCACAGCUGAAAUCAACCGAAGUGAAGCCGUGAACGAGUAGGUGACGAAUUUCCUAGCGAGGAUGUCGUCCAGUUAUCCUCCGCCGCCGUCGUCGACCCCCGACAAUGCUGAGCCGACGGUAGAGACCGCGCAACAAGGCGCGGAUAGCGGCAGCCAACAUGCACAGAUACAUCCGGCAUUCAAUGCGGAUAUUUCUGCUGCCGCGGCAAUUGCAACCGCGCAUCAUGGCCUGCAGGCGCUGCAGGCGGCUGUCGCGGUGCCCGGUUCGGUGUCGUCGCAGAGCUCGGUGGCAAACCAACAUGCGCCCGUCGUCGAUGGCUCGUAUUUGGGAGGUGUGCCUGCAGUGGCCGCCGAAGUGCGAGCCCCUCCGAAUGGCAACCCAAAGGCGACCCGGCUGCGCCGAGCCUGCGACAUGUGCAGCCAGCGGAAGGUCAAGUGCGACGAGUCGCAACCCUGCCGGCCGUGUACGGAACUGGGAGUUGACUGCACGUUCAACCGCACAAUGAAGCGGCGCGGCCCUCCGAACAAACACGUCGAGGCCGCAAAGGCGGCCAAGCAACCGCGACUCGAGCCAAACAUCAGUCCUGGACCGCACAAUGCCGCCGAGACGCUCAUCUCGAUCGCCGGCAGCCAAGAGGCGCAACAAGUUCUCGAUGCCGAGUCGAUUGCGCCGUGGCCGGUUCUGACGCUGCUCAUCGACGACUUCUUUACCUACAUUCACCCCCUCACUCCCUUCCCGCAUGAACCGACUUUCAGGAUGUCCUUCACGGCCAGAGAGGAUCGGACAAACAGAGGAUUCCUCGCGCUCCUGGCAAGCAUGAUCGGUUGCCUGGUCGCUUCCUUUCCCAGGACGGCCCGGCUACACCUCAAGGCGCAGCAACACGGUAUGCACAUGUACCCGAAAGCGAUCACUCUGAUCGACAGGUGCCGGAGCAUCGCCCUUGAAGCGCGCGGCCCGGCCUUCUAUAGCAGGGAAGAUGUCAAUGUCUACGAUGCAGCGACGAGCUACUUCCUCGGGCUGGCCGCAGCAUACACCAUGCAGUGGAAAUUGAGUCGACGAUUCAUGGCCGAGUCCAUGACCUUCAUUCGGGAGCUAGGUUACCAUAAACCUCGGGACAUGGGAUCAUCCAUGUUUGGCGUCACCUAUCGCGGACCGCCGUUCAAUCACGUCGAGGAUCAACUCGGCAAGCGCAUCUUCUGGUGCUUGUUUCUUGGCCUUCGCUCCAUGUACCAGCUUGGCUCGCACCAGGGCGAUAUCGUUCUUCCUCCGCCGACUCCUAGUGAGCCAUACCCGGAGUUGCCCGUGGAGGUGGAUGACCAGUACAUUCUGACCCACCAGAUCCUGGGCCAACCUGAAGGUGUCGUCUCACUCCUGACGGGGUUCAACCAGGGCAUCAAAAUCUACAUGACCAUGAACGGCAUUAUGAGCGUCGAGGUAUCUUAUGGCAUUUCUACGUUGCCGUUUCACGACCAGAAGACUAUGCUCGAUGAGUCCUUGCAAGCCGUGAAACAAGUCAUGGACGGCCUGCCGCGGGAGUUAAUUAUCGACUUGCACGCUAAGUCCGGCAGCAACCAAAUCCAUGGAGUGUCCAACCUGCUCCCAACCAGCCAUAUGACUAGCGUCUUCGACGACGCCAACAGCGGUUUACAUUACUGUCCGCUCCCCUAUGCCGCCCUGCAGCAGGCGAACCCGGACUUCCGGCACACCGUCAGUGCCCAUCCCGAACGCCGGCGUCUGCUUCAAUAUGAGAUUCAGAAGGCCAACAUGUACGCGUCCCAACUCGCCACGCGUUCCUACUACGUCGAGCGCUACCUCAACCUGCGCGACGCCCACCGCGAGCACGCUCGCGUGCAGGCUGCGCAGGCUUCGUUCGCCGCCGCAGCACAACAGCAGCAGCAGCAGGACAACGACGUGGAGGAUGCGACCGCCAGCGUCGGAGACGCAGCCGCGGGGACCCAGUCCGUCGCCGCCGCCGCCUUGCACGCAGCAGCCGAGCAGACCGAUCCUAUUGAUGACACCAUGACGACCGAGCGCGAGCUGAUUGUCCAGCACCUGCUGACGGUGCUGACCUCCAUCUCACAGCGCAGCAUGGAGCCCAACGGGGCGUCGCUGAUCAACAAGAUCCGGCAGGUCGCCAGCACCCUGGUGAACGAUGCGCCAGAACGGAAGGGCCCCGUCGCGGUCAAGGCGCAGGAAUCACUGAGCAAGUUUGUCGAGAUCCUCAUGCGGCUGGAGCGAAUUCCGCCUUCUGGAGUUAGCGAUGGAGGCGUCGCUGCCCCCGGGGACGAUGAAGAGAUGGAGUUGCGGAACUGGGCGGAUCUGAGGGAGCACCAGGUUAGGUUCCUGCAGGGCGGUGGCUUUGUUGGCUUACCCUGAUGCGUGUUUCCGUUUCCGUCUCAUGUUAUAAGUGUAAAUUUAUGUACUACGAUACAUGUAGCAGGGGGUAUAGCGUCUUUUCCGGAAUGGCUAGGCGUACAGCACUACGCGUUUGCUUCGGCAUGGGUAGGCGUUUGGUGUGAGGAAAGGAGGCUUGCUGAGAGCAUCGGGAAUGUCCUGGCGGCGGUGUGGAUUAAUGGGUUGAACAGCAUACUCCUGAUACUGGGCGUUUGUCAAGCUGGUGGCUCUACGGGCAUGACUCGGGGUUCUUCGGGCACGAAGUUGGCGAUAUGCUUCAAUAAUGCUUGGGGCUUCAAUAAUGCUUGGGCGUCUGGAUGGCCGCAGGGAUAAGGUUUGAGAUACUACGGAGGUUCUUUGCCAUAUGUCCCGAUAGGCACGAAUACUUACCUACCUACUAAGCUAGAUAGAUACUUAAUCGAGUUGUUCUGAUCUUA